AUGCCAAGUUUUGAAAUCGUAAUAUUAGGGGCAGUAGGUGGCCCUUACGAACAGGCGACGCAAUGUUUUAUGCUUAGACCAUAUGGUCUAGAGGGCACUAUGGAGUCUAUUUGUAUUGAUGGCGGUGCAGGGAUUAAUCAAAUUGCAUGGCUCUUAAUGCAGUAUAAGAAGCAAGCUAUAAAUGAAAGUGUACGGGAGAAUUUUUUUAGAGAAUCUGGGGAAAUUUUGCUACAAGAUUUUAUCGAUACCAAUAUACCCCAUCAAUAUGGCUUUCCUAAUUCCCUCCUAUCCCAACUAGACCUCUCCCUUCCCGUUCACGUCAACGCUGUUCUGAUUUAUGAAGGUAUCAAAGAGUUUUAUAUAACUCAUCCGCAUUUAGAUCACAUUGGCGCAAUGGUACUGAAUAGCCCAUUACUUUUUGAGCCAAAUCCAAAUUCAGCCGAUCCAAAACAGGAGAAAACUCUAUACAGUCUGCCUUUCACUUCUAAGGCUAUAAGAGAACAUAUUUUCAACGAUGAAAUAUGGCCUGAUUUGAUGCUUGAAGGUAGUGAACCUCUAAUGAUACAGGAUUUGAAGGAAGAGAAGGCUCACAAGUCUAAAACUUUCCCCAACUGGAAAAUUACGGCAUUUCCAGUCCACCACGGUAACAGAGUAACGAGACCAUCAGCUAAAAUUUAUAGUUCCGCAUUUGUGAUACAAAAUGAAUUUAACAAAGACGCUAUAGCAAUUUUUGGUGAUGUAGAACAAGAUGAAUUGAUAUCUAAAAUAUGGCAGCAUAUCGUUGACAAUGUUCCGGCAGGAUCCUUGAAAGCCAUCCUGAUCGAAUGCUCGAGUCCAGAUAAUAUCAAUCCCACUAAUCUUUAUGGGCACUUGUCACCGAAACUUCUCAUUCACGAAAUCAAGUGUUUAAGUGAGUUAUACAAAUCAGGCUUAUCAGGAUUGGAUGUAAUAAUUACCCAUGUAAAGUUCUCAAAAUUCAAUCUUCGAGAGGACCCCAGAGUGACCAUUCUAAAUCAGAUAAAGAAGUACGCUGCAAUGGAAACUGCUUUGAAUGGUGUUAAUUUCUCCAUGACAUUGGAAGGAAUUAGUUACAUUAGAUAA